GGCCAAUCAGGAUACGCCAUGGAGCAAGGCGGUUGGCUCUGAGUCAGUGAAAGCACAGCGGGCGGGUUCUAUAUGUGACAGAGUAUCCCAGCAGCUGUAACUGGCAGCCGAACCGUAAACAUGUGUGGAAUCUUUGCUUAUCUCAACUACCAUGUGCCGAGGACUCGCCGUGAGAUCCUUGAGAUCCUCCUCAAAGGCCUUCACCGUCUGGAGUACAGAGGCUACGACUCCUCUGGUGUUGGAAUAGAUGGCGGUAAUGGCAAGGACUGGGAGACAAACGCUAAGUCCAUCCAACUGAUCAAGCAACGUGGAAAAGUAAAAGCUCUCGACGAGGAGAUCGACAAGCAACAGGACGUCGACCUUGAUGUGGAGUUUGAUGUCCAUCUUGGCAUCGCUCACACGCGCUGGGCCACGCACGGCGUGCCAAGCGCAGUCAACAGCCAUCCCCAACGGUCGGACAAGAACAAUGAGUUCAUCGUCAUUCACAACGGAAUCAUCACCAACUACAAAGAUCUGAGGAAAUUCUUGGAGAGCAAAGACUACGAGUUUGAAUCAGAAACUGACACAGAGACCAUCGCCAAGCUGGUAAAGUACAUGUUUGACAACCGGGAGAACGAUGACAUCAGUUUCGCUACACUGGUGGAACAGACCACCCGGCUGCUGGAGGGAGCUUUUGCCCUGGUCUUCAAAAGUGUCCACUACCCUGGAGAGGCUGUCGGCACAAGGAGGGGGAGUCCCCUGCUGAUGGGAGUUAGGAGUGAUCACAAGCUGUCCUCGGAUCAUAUUCCUGUGCUGUACAGCUCUGCCACUAAAGACAAGAAGGGCUGUGGCGCCAUAGCCAGGAUGGAACAAGACACCUGCUUGUUCCCUGUGGAUGAGAAAGCUGUGGAGUACUACUUUGCCUCCGAUGCUAGCGCAGUGAUUGAGCACACAAAUCGGGUGAUCUUCCUGGAGGACGACGAUGUGGCUGCAGUGAGGGAAGGCCGGCUGUCCAUUCACCGGAUAAAGCGCACGGCGGGAGACUAUCCAGCUCGCGCCAUCCAAACCCUGCAGAUGGAGCUACAGCAGAUCAUGAAGGGUAACUUCAGCUCCUUCAUGCAGAAGGAGAUCUUUGAGCAGCCGGAAUCUGUGGUCAAUACAAUGAGGGGGAGAAUCAACUUCGACAACAACACAGUGAUACUGGGUGGACUGAAGGACCAUAUCAAAGAGAUCCAGAGGUGUCGACGACUUAUCCUCAUUGCCUGCGGGACCAGCUACCAUGCAGGGGUGGCGACCCGCCAGGUGCUGGAGGAGCUAACCGAGCUGCCCGUCAUGGUGGAGCUCGCCAGUGACUUCCUGGACAGGAACACUCCCGUCUUCCGAGACGACGUCUGCUUCUUCAUCAGCCAAUCAGGGGAGACUGCUGACAGCCUCAUGGCCCUGCACUACUGUAAGGAGAGAGGAGCUCUGACCGUGGGAAUCACCAACACAGUGGGAAGCUCCAUCUCCAGGGAGACAGACUGUGGAGUCCACAUCAAUGCAGGGCCUGAGAUCGGAGUAGCCAGCACCAAGGCCUACACCAGCCAGUUUGUGGCCUUGAUCAUGUUUGCGCUCCUCAUGUGCGAUGACAGGAUUUCCGUGCAGCCCAGACGCCGAGAGAUAAUCCAGGGCCUGAGAGUGCUUCCAGAUCUGAUUAAAGAGGUCCUCAGUUUGGAUGAUGAGAUCCAGAAGUUGGCAACAGAGCUGUACCAACAGAAGAGUGUUCUGAUCAUGGGCAGAGGCUACCAUUAUGCCACCUGCCUGGAAGGAGCACUGAAAAUCAAGGAAAUUACGUACAUGCAUUCAGAAGGCAUCCUCGCUGGAGAGCUGAAACAUGGUCCUCUGGCCCUGGUGGAUAAACUCAUGCCAGUCAUCAUGAUCAUCAUGAGAGACCACACCUACGUCAAAUGUCAGAACGCCCUGCAGCAAAUUGUUGCCCGCCAGGGCCGCCCCAUCGUGAUCUGUGACAAAGACGAUUUCGAGACUGCCAAGAACUCUAGCCGCACCAUCAAUGUGCCUCACUGUGUGGACUGCCUGCAGGGCGUCCUGAGCGUCAUCCCGCUCCAGCUGCUUUCCUUUCACCUGGCUGUCCUCCGAGGUUACGACGUCGACUGUCCAAGAAACCUGGCGAAGUCUGUGACCGUAGAGUGAAAGGCCCCAAUCAUCACCAACGAAACAUGCAACAUUUAAACGUGCUCAGAUAGCGAUGGAGCGUCUGUAUGCAGAAACCCAAAAGAAAACAACGUCUAUGUUUCUUAUGUAAUGGCUCUUUGUAAUGCAACCUUUUACUCAACAGUUGUGCAUCCGACUGUUACAUAUUAUCUGUAUCUCACUUUAGAUUUUCCCAGGAAUCGUUUUGACUUGAUUGUCGUGAAUGUUGGAGAAGCAGUUUUGUGUGUGGUGGCGAGGUCUGGGCUGGUCACUGACUCCAUCAUGCUGCAGGCUUGUGCAGCUGAAACCCGCUAGCAAGGGAUGGUUCGCUGGCUGACAGAAGGUGUGUCUUAAAAACCUGACUGGCUCUUUUUUUUUCUUCCUUUUUAGUGCAAUGAUUUGUAGUUUAGUUUAGAUAUUGUUUAUUUGGCAGCUCAUCAUAACCGUGAAGGUAAAGGACAGUCUUUAAUCAUUCCAAGCCACAGGGCAUUGCUUUCUUCGUAGCGCGGCGUGGUUUGCUAGUGUUGUCUCCGUUUCUUCUUGUACUUUGUUCUGAGGACACACAGCUUGCUCACAGGCUUGUUAAUAUCCACUGCUUUGUAAAAUCGUUCCGUGUGGGUUCUAGAAGCUUAUUAGUGUUUUGUAUUUAAACUCUCUGGUCUUAGUGGGCUCAUUUUAAUGGAAAUAGGCCUUGUUUACUAGGAGUGUGAAAUGGAUUUGUUACUGUAGAUGUUUUUUGCUUUUACCAUUCUCUAUACUGCUACCUAAAUGUGCACAUUUUGUGAUGAAGUUACUAACCGAAGGUAAAAGCUGCACCCAGUUCCCAACCCACACCUUGCCAGCACAACUACUGCAAUAAAAGGGACCAUUUGUAGCUGUUCUUUUGUUAUAUUUCACUUUCUUUUUAGAUUAUUGAAGUUACUCUUUGAUUUGAGAUGAGAAUGUUACUGACAUUUGAAAUAUACAGUCAAACCAAAAAUCUCUACAACUGCCAAAGCCAGUUGUACCAAAACAUAAAUAUUAUGUUCAUCUUGUGUUGUAUCCAGACAUGUACUGAGGUUGGUAGCUUGUGUGGCAUAAAGGCCUUACGGGGGCAUAUAUACAGUUUUACGGCAGUAUGCCCAUUACAACACUAGUGCUAUUGUACUUCAGAGGUUUGUUUAGAAAGUCAGACGCAAGCUGUGAUGAUCCAAAUGUCUUCGUUUCAAAAGGCAUGCGUGUUGUACACAUGUAGAAACGGGAGCUGCUUGUUUUAGUAGCUGUACCUUAGGUCUAAAAAUGUUGAUUUUGCAAUUAACCUUCCACCCAAAGCUUCUCCUGAAAGGUUUUGAAAAAUGGACAAUGUAGGUAUUUUUGUUGCUCAAAUACAUGCUCUCAGUAGUUUGAAUUCUUCACUGAAGGCAUAAACAAAGGACGUUGCACUGAAUCCUUGCAACUCCUGUUGGUUUACUGUUUGAGUGGAGCACGACAUGUUAGCAUUUUGUUGAUGCAAUAAAUUGUUUAACUUCCCUUUUUAUUCAAGGUACAGUUAAGGGUGUAAAUGCACAUGCUGAAACAGUCUGCUAAACAUUGUUUUAACUUACACUGGUCAUCAUGUCAUUUUAUUGGAAUAAAAACAGGCAAUAGACGUAAUAAAACUGCAAUUUCUUCUUUAUGUAGAUUCAAUUAAAAGAGUCCAGAUUCA